GUGACUGCUUUAAUGCCUGCAGAUCUUUUAACUAAAAUUUCAAGUAGCAUUAAAAACUCUACAAUUAGCAUGGGGGAGUUAGCAAGAAAUGUAGGAGACAGCAUUGAGUCUGGAUCCCCUAUCAGGUUUGAUUGGUUGACAGAUGCUGAGAACACCCAACUGAAUAAAGGAAUUCUUCUUUUAAAGGCUUUUGGUGAAGAAGGGUCAAACACAGGUCUACGUCUGCUAGUGGAUGCUGAAUAUACAUACAUGAACCCAGGCAUAUCAGCGAUGGCCUUGGGCAUGAUGCUUGCCUUUAAUAAGGAACGUCCGAUUGUGUGGAAUACUUACCAGUGCUACUUAAAGGCUGCUAUGGAUAAUAUUAGCUCUGAAAUGAAGAUUGUAGAAGAACAGAAAAGAUGCUUUGGAGCAAAGCUAGUACGAGGAGCAUACCUUGAGAAGGAAAGAAAGCUUGCAGCUCAGAGAGGAUAUCAAGAUCCUAUAAAUGACACUUACGAUGACACUGGAAAAAUGUAUGACAGAGUUGCUGAUUUCAUGAUUUCGCAUAUUCGGAAUGUGGGUGACAGAUGUAACAUCGUGCUGGGAACCCAUAAUGAAAAAAGUGCGCUGAAUGCCGCUAGUAUAAUUCUUCAAUCUGGCAUCAAGCCAGAGUCUUAUCAAGUCGUCUUUGGUCAAAUCUACGGAAUGGCAGAUCAGAUUUCAGUUCCUCUUGCAGUUGCUGGAUUUAAGGUCUACAAGUCAGUGCCUUAUGGACCUCUGACAGAGGUCCUUCCUUACCUCUCGAGAAGAGCUGCAGAAAAUAGGGUAGUGCUGGCAGGGGCCAGAAGAGAAUUGGAUCUUCUCAAGUUUGAGUUAAAACGAAGAUUUAAGCUGAGCCACUGAAGGUUGACCACAAAGGAUGAGACACGUAGAAUUAAUAAAUUGAAACAUUAUAAAGUUUGAAUUUGGUAACUGUCUUAUAUGAAGUCAUUUACUGGUAAAAUUAAUGAAUUGGUUAAAAAACUUUAAACUCUCAUUCUGUGAGGGCAGCUUAACCAUUUGAACAUGAUGUAAUUUAAUAACUAACAUAAAAAUGUAGUCUACAAUCUGUACAAAGUAUCCAAUUAGAUCUGUAUAUGCAAGUAAAUAUAUAUAGAAAUUAUUGUUAUGAGUUUUAUCUUUUAUUGUCAAAGAAGCUAAUACUAUAUGAAGUCAUUCACUGUUUACAGCUUUGGAUAUUUUUAUAUGUACUUAUUGAUAUGUAAGAGGGAAGUGCUUCUAAGGGCUUAUGCUUAGAAUAAAGGGAAGAAAGGUGUAAAAUUAAGUAAAUUUGUCUUAUUCACAAAAUAUGCUGAAUGCUCUAUAAACCUCCAUCUAAGGGACAAUGGGCAAGAUAAAUUGUCCUUUUUCUAUCUGUAAAAGUCUUAACAAAUUGUGAAAUCAAUUCUUAAGAGAAACCCCAAUGGAAAACAAUCAAAGAAAAAUAAAGAUUUCUCAUUGAUCCAACCUUGAUCACAGGUUUUAUAAGAGUUCUUGUGAAUCUGACAUGCAACUCUGUAAAAGGUGGGUCUUUUGAAAUUACUUCUACCGUCCCUAAAAGACCAAGGAAAUUUAAUAAUUAUAUAUAAAUUGAAUAGAUUAUAUUUGAGCAAAUAUGUUCUUUUAAUAAAGUUUUCCUUUAAUGGGA